AGAGUUUCUGUCCAGAAAGGCGGCGGUGACAAAGAGGAAAUGAAAUAAAGAAAAUCCUCGCUGAUGGUCGCAGCCAGACAGAAAUUCAUCCCUAACAUGAAGCCGUGGAUUCGCCUCUGCUGCCUCGUUCUUGUCAUUUCUUCUACUUGUCGAGGACAGAAUGGAACCGUCUCACCAGUUGAGGAUGAAGAGAUGGAAGGCGUCAACGCGACCACCUCUGAACCGUUCCCAAACCCGGAACCAACGUACUACAAAGAUACCAACCAGUCGUUCCCCGAGCCGUCCUCUCUCAGUCCGGCGUUACCGGGUGAAAACGCGACCAGUUCAGAGGAUGACGCUGAUGUAACGACGAAAGGAUCCGGCGAUGCCACUCGAGGCCGGACCCCGCCGCCCCCCGUGACGACGGUUGCCAUGAAGACAACGUCAACGUCAAACUCACCGCCUCCUGCAGGUGGAGGUUCUCCAUCCUGGGCCUACGUCCUCCUGGUGCUGAUCAUCCUGGUGAUCAUCGCCCUGUGUGUCAUCCUCUACUUCCUCAGGAAAGCCUCCAAGAGUUACUCCUUCGAGCUGCAGCGCCCGAGUCCCUCCAACGACCUCGUCCAGCCCACCGGCACCUUUGAACCGGUUUACCUGGAUGACCUGGAGCGACCAAAUCUCAAAGAUCUGGAGUCCGCCGAGGAGCCGCCCCCUCCUCCAGUGACCAACGGGACGAGUCUGCAACUGGAGGCCAAGGACAGCAGCGAAGACGCCGCGUCAGAUAAUCCUCCGGUCCUGGCAAACGGCGUGGAGACUUCGCCCGCCGGCGACGGCAGCGGUCCGACGACGGGCGACGACCCCGUCGACAUGGCAGCCGACCCGCUGAGCAGCAUCGACCUGCUGCUGGAUCCCGUCGAGCAGCAACAGAACGAAAACAACAACAACCCAGCAGUGCGCUCCAGCGAUCCCUUCGUGGAGAUAAACCUGGACGAGUCUCCGUGGAGCGAUCAGCUCCUGGCCUCUCCUGAAGCUCCCUCCUCCGUCCUCCCCUUCUCUCCUUUCUCCUUCUGAUCCUCCUCUGCUCAAAAUACACACAUCUCUGUCCCGGUGUGUUCUAAAGGAAGCUAGAAUUGACCCCCAGUUCCUUUUUUUGUCCAUUUUUCACUUGCACGAUGUCUUGAGUCAGCAACUUUGCCGGCAGGUAGACGAGAGGACUCCCACCAUCUGAAGACUCUUUAAUAUAAUUACGAAUGGCAAAAUUAAAACAGACUGUAAAUUUUGUUCUGUCAAAGUUUCGAGGAGGAGAAAGACAGUUGGAACGACGCCAGUAACUAAUCAGCAGACAUCUGGAGCAGCAGAGUUCAAACUGACAAGUAUCUAAACCUCAGUACUCGUACUUCUGCUGGUCCUUUAAAUAAGUGUCAUCAGUGCAUCUCUUUUUUAAGAAAUGCAUAUCGAAUGUUACAAAACAUUUCUUACUCUUGCACACCUUUGAUUUGGCUCAUUACAGUGAAAAUUGUUUACUCUGCAUUUUGUUUCUCACGACAAACUACUAGAAGUUAUUUUCUGUUGCUGUAAAUACUCUUCAUUUACAGGCUUGUUUUUCUUCGACAUUUUAAUUUUGGGAAAGUAAAUAUUUUAACUUGGUGUCUUCACUUGUAUUACUUUGGUUCAAUAUUUUAGAAGAAUUGAAAAUAUGUCAAACUGAAAUGUUCCAGACACUCACUGUAAAGCUGUAAUUCAAACUGACAGACUCAGUCAGACGCUGAGCAUGAGCCUCGUUUGGUAGUUUGAUGUGGGAAGAAUGUAAAUAAUGUGAAAUAAUUUUAACACUUUUGUGAAUUAAAAAAAAAGAAAAAAAGAUUGUGUUUGUCUUUUCAAAAUUAAACUUUUU